UCGAGCGCUCAACGUUGACGUCGCGGCUGAAAAACGGCUAAAUCGGCCCGAGCAAACGGUUAAAGCUCCUAUACAGUGCGUAUUCCCUAUGCUGAACGACCCGCCAGUGAGUGUGUGACUGUGUGCGGGCACAGACAUGAAGUGAAUAAGAAAUUGGAAAAGCACUAAAACAUAACAUAUAUGUAAAAUAUAAGAAACGCAAAAGAAAACGCAAGAAACGUGGGUAAGGCCAAAAGCGAGGCAAAAACCGACAAAAAAAAAGCAAAACAGCAACAGCAACAACAGCAGCUCGGCGAUAAUCAGAAAAUAUUUCUUUAAGCCCAUCGCAUUGUGCGCCUCAAAUCGAAAAAGCGCGAAAUAUUUCGUAUAUUUCGGCCCCAAACCCACAGAAAUGCACCGAACAGAGAAGCAUUCGGAGCCAUCCCAGCUGAUACUCUGCCUCGAAUUUCAUCAGGAGGAUUCCGGAACAGAUCUGCAGAUGUCUCGGAAAAAAUGCAAUAAUAACCAACAGCGGCGUGGUCGUCGGAGGCGGAUUGACUGGGGGAAUUCGUUGGGAGCUUAUGGGUCCAUCAGCCUGACAGUUCUGAUGCUGACCAUUUGCAUGGCCCACACGUCGACUGCCGUGCCCGCCAUUGAAAGCAGCAGCGUAUCCUCCACACUCGUCAUGGUCGCGGUCACGCCGAGCACUCCUCCGACUCCGAGCAGCUCGAGCGGCGGAAGUGCCGGAUCCUACGGCCUCCCAGGCGGCACCACGGAGUCCCCGACCUCGGUUUCGGCUUCCCCGGAACAGCAACAGCCGCAGGGCCAAUGCCUGCUGGACGGGAUCUGGGUGGCCGAGUCCCAUGCCCGUUGCGAGUACCAAACAAGCUGUCGGGCCAUCCAGCGCACUGGCCACUGCUGCCCCGAUUAUAAAUGCGAUUGCGAGAAGGAUGGCAAAACUUAUGCCAAUGGUUAUAAAUUGGUUGAUCCGGACACGCCGUGCACCGUGUGCUAUUGCAAAGGCGGCGAGAUUGUUUGCAGCUCGGUGACCUGCUUCCGCCGUGACGACUGCCUGCCCAAAUACGUGCCCGGUCGCUGUUGUCCGGAGUACGACAACUGUCCGAUUCUUGACAACAACCCGCCGCUGGCCAGCGAACCCUUGGGCAGCUCCACCACCACCUCCACCCAGAAGCCGGUGGCCGUGGCUCAGCCGGCCGGAUUCAACUGGAACAUCACCAUCAAGGAGAUAACCAAGCCGACGGAGAUCCGGAUAACCGAUGACAACAGGGCCAAGCCGUCGAUUCCCACCCGCAAGCCGAGCAGUUUGAUGCCCACCACCGAAGGAGCAGCCAGUUCGAUGGAGAUCAGCACAGCAACAGGAGCAACAGCAGUCACAACAGCGGCUACAACAGCAAUGCCGGCCACCAGCAGCACUCCGUCAGCAGCAGCAGCAACAUCGCCGGUGCCAGCAGCAACACCAACGGACACGGCAGCAACACCAACGCCCAGCCGAGACAGCAACCCCAAAGCACUUCCAGGCGGCAGCGAGAGCUUAAAGCUCAUCGCCUCGGUGGGCUACAUCGAGCGGCCCCUUUCCCCGAGCAGCAGCAGCAGCAGCGGCAGCAGCAGCAACGUGAUGGAGCAACAGGUGAAGCCGCUGGUUACCUACAACUCGGAGGCAUUGCAGCCGCUGGCCGGGAGCGAUCCCAGCAAGGUGAACAUCAAGCGGGAGUACACCACCGAGGGUUCGAGUAUCAAGAGCUCUGAGGAACCUCUGCCUCUGUUCAUCCAGAAUGGCUUUAGGGACUCGUUGGUGGAGCCUUCCGACGGAGAACUCGAACCCGAUACGGCGGGCAGUGACAACAUCUACCACAUUAUAUCGACGACAGAGGGACCAGGAGCAGGAGCCAUCAAAAGGGUCACCACUGAUGCCCCAGCCACUACGCCACCAUCCACCAUGACCAACAACACUACCAAAUCGGAGAAUGAAAUCAGUACAGAGGGUGCGGUAUCAGCGGGCAGUGAGAUGCCGCCGCCCAGCUCCACCCAACACCACAUGGACGUGGAGGACGACGUGCCCCAGGUGGAGUCCAAUCCGGCCUACCCUUCGCUGCCCGAAGACGACUUCAGUCUGCGGGAUGUGAACUUUCCGCUCGUGGAGCUGGAGGACAUAGCCGAGUCGGAGAAGGACGAGCCGCGCAGCAUUCCCAGUCCCUUUGAGGUGGACCACAGGCAUGUGAAGCUCACGCCCGACACGAACCUGGACGGCAGUGGCAGUGGCAGUGGCGGCGGGGAUCUGGAUCUCUACCAGGAGAAGACCUCCACCACUGAGGAGGCCAUGAUGGCGGCCGAAUCGUCCGUGCGGGAGAAGAGUUUGAUGGUGCCGCUGCUGAUGUACAGUGGCGAGGACACAUCCGGAGAGACGCGCAUCCAGAACGGCAGCGAUCUGCAGCCGGAGAGGAUCAGCCAGCCGGGCGAGGAGCUGGAGCUGGAGCUGGGCAGCGGGGAGGUCAGGGAACCGAUUACGCCCAAAUCCACCCGAGUAUCCACCCUAGAGAUCGACGAGCUGGGCUCGGGGGCGGGCCAAGUGGGCGGUGCAGAUCCCAAGGCCGAUGCCGAGAGCCUCAAGCUGGACGAGAGUCAGGAACAGGAGCAGCAGGUGGCCAAGACUGGUGGCCAGGACAAGUCGGCGGCGCGGGCCGAGAAGAGCUUCGUGGAGCGGCCCCAGCCACUGGGACGUCUGUAUCUGCAGAGGAUCUACUGAAAGGUCUCGGUUCACUUGGAAGAUCAAACCCUUUAUUGUAUAUACAUACACCGUAAGGCCUAGUAGCUGGAGAAGCAACGAAAAUCCAAGCAUUCAAGUGAGCAAAGUGUUAGGUUUAAGUAGCCAGAUAAAGGGGUUCAGGAGGAGCAUAUCUAUAUGUAUAUGUAUAUGUAUAUGUAUAUGUAUCCUUUGAAGAUUUAUCAUUUCCAUAGACUGCAUGCAUAGACCCUCUGAAUUUAUAAACGAACGAUUUACUAACCAUUUACGAUUAACCUUUAACCAUUAACCUAUUAUGAUUAGCAAAGCUGGGCUCCCCAAAUGCAAUAACGAAAUGUUUCAUCAUCCGAAGGCAAUCCACAUUGCUUAGUUAUAUUUCUUAUUUAUACGUAGCGACCUAAGUGCACAUAUAAGAGACAUUCAACAAUCAACCAUUGCCACGCCCACAAUCGAAAUUCAUCGAAUAAGUCGCAACCACAUACGAGAAGGAGAAAUUUUUAACUUGUUUUAUCGCAUCAUGAUUUUAUUUAAUUUGUAAUUUAUUUCAUAACGAAAUGUGAAUGAUUUGAAAAGGGCAAGAGGUAGUAAAGUGAAUCGAUCCCAAAACGCGAUGGUUCAAUUUGAAAUGUAAUGGCAAACUUAUAGUCCUCUUUGAUUUGAAAAGCUUUUAAGUUUAGACUGAAUAUGGCAAAGUUUUAAUUUAAAGCAAUUUACAGUUACUCCUACUUUAACCAUUAUUUAUAUAAAAUUUAAAAUAAUUUUAACUUGACAUUGAGUCGAUGAUUAUCGAAUUGAAGAGCUAGGAUAAGGACCUCCUUCCCAAGAAGGACUUCCAGAGCUCGCCUGAAUUUAAGAACUAACGAAAGUAGAAAAGUGUCAAAAUAAAAACGCAGUCAUUCUUUAGUUAGUUCAUAAAAUAAAUAAUUACCUAUAUGAACAUAAUUUAUUUAGGCGAUGAUCGUGCACACUAUCACUCACACACACACACACACACACAACCACACAGAUUUUUUGAGAUAAAGUAAACUAUAUUAUGAACUUACUUUAACUAGCGUAAAUUUAGAUUGAAGCUCGUUUUAAAAUGUAUGAACUAUCAAAUAAAAAUGAGGUAAUUCUAAAACA